AUGGUAUUCGUGUCGUCCAUUAGAUCCGGUAUUUUCGAUGACCCCGAUUGUAGCGCAGAGAAUGUGGAUCACGCGGUCGUAGCCAUCGGAUACCAUCCCGACUAUUUCAUCGUCAAAAAUAGUGCUGAAUUAUGUGCACCGGGAGGUCUAAAAAAGUUUGACUCAAAUAUAGCUAAACUGAUAACUAUUGGCAAUUCCGGGCGACGUUUCCCCGAUAGUAGGGGCUCUGAGUUGAAAAAUCAAAAUGAAAAGCUGCUUGGUGAUAUCGAAAAGUAUCGCAAUCAAUGUAUGGACAAUAUGCCCAAGCAAAUCACCGGAAUAUUAUUAUACACGGGCAAGAGUACAAUUAGACAAUUUUGUAAAAGGGACAAUAAACAACUGGACAACCUACUUAAGGCCGGUGCGUGUGGUAACUCUGGGAAUAACCAGGGUGUCCCCCAAUGUACGCCCAUUGCAGUGGACAGUAUGCUAGGGUUAGUCCGGUCUAUCACUGGGAAUACUAUUGACGUGUUUUGCGGUGAAUAUACCGAGGGCUCAGACAAGUGUGACAGCCUAGACAAACCUCCAAAAAAGCUAAAAUCUCAACGAAGGACUAAAUCGUUUGCGUUGCCUAUGAUUGAUGUGUUAAGAAGUUUCCCCGAGGUCUAAAUAACGUAAUUAAAUAAGGUUAUACAGUAUAAUUCAGUAUAAUUACUAAUUGUUAAUUAGCAUGAACAUUAUUUUUUAUUUAAGG